AUGUCAUCGGGUAUUGGGAACCUCACGACCUUGAUCAAGCGGCUUGAAGCCGCAACAUCGCGCCUAGAAGACAUUGCAAUGGCGCAGUCCGCCACAACGUCAGAUGGUAGCGCCGCGCCAAGUAGCACGGACGCUGGCACCGCUACUGCCGUUACUGCCAAUGCACCUGCAUUGUCCUCAGAGGAAACUGCUACACAGCGCAGUGAACUUGAUGCGAAGGAUGCUGUGGUCAUUGAUGAUGUGCCUGUUGUUCGUGCUUGGGAUAAUGAGGUCAUGUCAGUCUACCAAGAACUUGCAGAGAAAACACAUGCAUUGGGGCCUGUGAUGGGCGAGCAAGUGGGUCUUGUCGGCAAGGCACUGGACGAAGUGCGUACUUUGAUAGUGGCCGCAAGUCAUUGCCGCAAGCCUGAGCAAGGAUUGAAUACUGCCGUCGUUGCAGAGUACCUGCAGCCGCUACAAACGGCACUCAAGUCAGUAAUCGAGUUCCGUGAAGCGCACCGUGGAGAAAAGACCUUCUUUAAUCAUUUGUCGACAUUGAGUGAGGGUAUUUCAUCCUUGGGCUGGGUUGCUGUAGAGCCAACGCCUGGCCCUUAUAUCAGCGAAAUGAAAGACAGUGCACAGUUUUAUGCAAAUCGCGUCAUCAAGGACUUUAAGGGCGUGAGCGAAACUCAUGUCGAUUGGGUGCGCUCUUUCAUGGCCCUCCUAGACACAAUGAAGUCUUAUGUUAUGACACACUACCGAACGGGUCUUUCCUGGAACCCCCAGGGCCAAAAUCUUUCUACGUACAUGAAUGCCACCUCAUCUAGGUCUGAAUCCUCGCCAGCUGUGCCACCUGGAUCGGCGCCACCAGCACCAGCGCCGCCAGCGCCACCAGCACCACCAGCAGCAGGCAUGCUGGAUUCCUCAAGCUCCGCAGUGCCGGGCGGCGGCAUGGAUGCUGUCUUUAGUGAAAUCAACCAAGGUGAAGGCAUUACGCGCUCAUUGCGCAAAGUCGAUAAGAGCGAAAUGACGCACAAGAAUCCUGGUUUGCGCGAAAAUGGCACAGCUUGCAUUGACGACAAGACACGCCCGAAGCCGGGUGUAAAGCCAGCAAGUUUGAGUACAAAGAAGCGCGGCCCACCACGGAAGGUCCUGGAAGGUAACAAGUGGACCGUGGAAAACUUCGAAAAUGAUUCCCACGUCGUGAUUGAUGGCACCGAUCUUGGGCAUACUGUUAAUAUCUUCAACUGUGAUAACUCUGUGAUUGAAGUCAAGGGCAAAGUCAAUGCAGUGUCGCUACUGUCAUGCGUCAAGACGAGUGUUUUGUUAGAUACCCUCGUGUCGUCCCUUGAAGUGACGCGAUGCACAUCAUUCGCGGCUCAGGUAACAGGCUAUACGCCCACUGUGCUCAUUGACAACACCGAUGGUGGCCAAAUGUAUCUCUCUGAGCAGGGUCUCAAGACUGACAUCAUCACCGCCAAGAGCAGCGCCCUCAACGUAUGUGUUCCAGCCAUGAGCGGUGAGCCUGGUGUCAUAGAAGAAAUCGCGUUACCUGAACAGCUCAAACAUACGCUGACGCGCUCAGGCACACGCACACAAGCUCGUAGUGAAGUUGUCCAGCAUGCUGGUUAA